GAGGAUGGAGAGGAAGGGAAGAGAGGCAGCGACCGCUGGGUUUGGUUCAUCACCGGCCCAACUGCCUGCGGCAAGACAACAGUUGCGAAGUACCUCGCGGACAAGCUGGGCCUUAGCUUCGUGGAGGGCGAUGACGUACGUGACAAACCAGGCCUCGUCUCUUCUAUUUUCCCUCUAUUUUUCUCGCGUGUUGUUUGGAUAAUUAAGGAGGGAAACAAAAACAAUAAUUAGGGAGAAGGGGUGAAACACGCUAAUUAACUGUGAGAACCAACACAUAAUAAUCUCGACAUGCGGAACAACAGUUCCACCCCCAAGCCAACCGCGAUAAGAUGGCGCGUAAUGAGCCGCUGACGGACGAAGACCGUGCGGCGUGGCUAGACGCCCUGCACGAGCGCGUCGUCGUCUCCUCCACCGACGCGGACGCCGACGGCGUCCCCGUGCCGCGGCUACCACAUCGCGUGGUGACGUGCUCGGCGCUCAAGCGGCGGUACCGCGACGCGCUGCGCGGGGGGGAUCCGGUGCGGACCGCUCCGGCGAGGGUGCGGUUCGUGUUUCUGGACGUGCACGAGGAGGUGCUGCGGCAGCGGGCGCGCGAGCGGAAGGGCCACUUCGCCGGGGAGGGCUUGGUCAAGAGCCAGGUGGAGGCGUUGGAGCGACCGGGGGAGGACGAGGAGGACGUCAUCAUCGUUAGAGUCGAGAACGGAGAGGGGGUGGGAGAGACGGAGAGGGAGGUAUUGAACAGGGUCGUGCAGCAGAUGGGCCUGGAAUGAGUCGAUCGACGCGGAGAUAAUUAGAGAGAUGGGAGGGUGUAAAAUAGGAAAUAGAAGGAAAAAAAAUUAUUA